AAAUGUUUAUAUUUUUAUUUAUAUUCGUCGGAGGAGUUUUUGAUUCUAAGUUCAGGAGCAUACGCCGGAAAACAAACCUCAUUCCUUCCUUCCUUUUGAUUCUAAGCAAGAGUUUUGAUACUUGAAGCUGUUAAAGUGACUAUCUUUAAGAUGCCUGAUUUGCAGUUAUUUCAGAAACUCAAUCAAGAGGCAUAUUUAGAACUACUUGAUGCAAGUUUUAAAUACUUUGCUGAAAAAUCCCAGUCUUUGGAUUCCUUUCCACAAUACAAGAAAAUAUGCAAUAGUUCAGGAAUUGAAUUUUCAGAACUUGAACCAUCAUUGCAGUUGUUUUUACAAUUAAUUCGAGAUGCUGUUAGAAAAAAUAAAUCUCUAACACAGUUGUGCGAGGAGCUUUUAAAGUUAGGAAUGAGUGAAGAUCAAAUAGAUGUAUUUUCUAAGCAAUGGGAAAAAGUGCAUUCCUCUUUAAUACAAACAACAGCUGCUGAUACCAUUCCUAUAAAUCCAUUAAUAGACAUGGAAUGGAAAUUUGGAGUAUCAUCAGCUAGCAGUCAAUUCAAUACAAUAGGAAAUGUGUUUUUACAAAUGAAAUUGGAAAUUGAUCAAGGAAAUGGAAGAACAAAAACUGUAUGUUUUGAACUUCAACUCUCUGAGUUUUAUGCAUUUUUACAUGAAAUGGAAAGAGCUAGAGCCAGUUUGGAUUAUUUGAGUUAAUUCAUCAAUCUGAGUUGAAAAUAUUGUUAUUUGGAAGAAAAUUGAAUGGACUAUUAUAUUGGAUUUGGCUGUGAUUAAAGAACCACUGGCAUAUGUUUGAUUGUAAAUAAUUUUUUAAUGUGUGAAUUGUGAAUUAUGUCAAUAAAAGCUUAAUUUUGCUUCAUGAGAUUUGUA